CCACUAAUGAGAUUCGACUGGGUUGUUAUUGUUGUUGUUGUUGUUGUUAGACUUAAAUUUGGAUUAAUCAAAUCUGUACUCAUAAAAGUAGCAUUUAACCAAAAUGCCAAAAAUGUUCAUUGUACAUGUGAGAAUUUGAUAUACCUGAAAAAGAAAACCAUCUAAUUUACUAAUCUUGGCUUAUAUUGCUUGCUUCUAUCUUUUGAGCCGAAAGAGUAAUAAUAGGGUGUCUUAAAUAACAACUAAAUCAAGAAGAAAGAAACGCAAUUACCUUCAUGUCACCGCCAUUAUUUGUUUAUUUCUUAUGAUAUUACGCUAAUAUUAUAAUAUGUUCAUGUCUUCGCAUGUAUGUAUCCAAAAUGUUAAAGUAUUUGCUAAGUAGUAGUAGUAUUUUAUUUGCUAAAAUGAUUAUAUUAGCUGCUGAUCAUGUGAUUGGAAAAUGCUUCUUCUUCUAGUAAGGUCAUACGCGUUGUGGAUUUCACAUGGAUUCAAUCACUAAAAUAAUACAGCUAAGUAUACCAUAAUUUAAUGUGUCUUAGCACAAUGGAUCUGUCUCUAUUCUUCCCUUGUUAAGUAGGAUAUCAAAAAACCAUUAACAUAUCAGGUUAUUGCUAUUUAAGCUAUCUAAUUUCCUUAUUAGAGCUUUUCUCAUUAUUUUCAAGAAAGUGAGGAGGAAACUUAUAUACCAAUUGUAUACAGUGAAUAUGCAGAGAGGAACAAGAUCUGAUUAGUCAAAUUCUCCGAUAGAGAAUCGAAGGUUUUGUCAAUCCAAAUUUGGUAAUAUUCUUCUCAUUAUCAUCAUCAAUCUUGUUGUGAUAAUUAAGCAAAGGAAAAAUGGAUGAUCAGGGAGCUGGAAACAAAGUGACAGGUAUUAGACAGAUUGUGAGACUCAAAGAGUUAUUGCAUAAAUGGCAAAAUGUGACACUUAGUCCCAAAGCAAACAACAACCAAAACCAUUGCACUCAUGGCCAUUUUCAAUCAUCUAACAAUAGUAAUGGAAAUAUUUAUGGAGGCAUAUCACCAGCUAUAAUGAAGAGGUUAAAGAGUUCAAAUGUAUGCUGCGAUUCAGACGACGAGAGUUGCCAGAGUCCAGAGCCACCACAUGGUGUUCCUAAAGGUUAUUUAGCUGUUUAUGUUGGGCCUGAACUUAGAAGAUUUAUAAUUCCUACAAGUUAUCUUAGUGAUCCUUUGUUCAAAGUGUUGUUGGAAAAAGUUGAAGAAGAGUUUGGAUUUGAUCAUACUGGUGGACUUACUAUUCCUUGUGAGAUUGAGACUUUUAAGUACUUACUUCAGUGUAUGGAAAAUCAUCAAAGAGAUCAUGGUUCUGAUCAUCAACAUGAUUCUGCUGGCUCUUCAUUGCAAAUUGAGGGGUGAUUUAGCGAUGGUUGAAACUUUAGGGAUGAUUUUUUCUUUCUUUUUCCUUGUUCUGGUGUUAAGCUAAGAAUGUCUCCUUGUAAUGCAUAUUUGACAUAAUUCUUUUUUAUUUUUACCUUCUAUCUUUA